GUGAAGGUCUCCGUAGCCAAUGACGUCGUUGACCAGGAAGUAAUCUCAUGUCUCCGUUGACAUGUCUCCCGUCUUCACCUUCUACCCUAAAAUUGUGUGUUUUCCUGUUUGCAGAGACGCGCUUUAACUGAUUGAGGAUAGAAGUUGCUAAAUAUGUUGCUUCUUUUGUUGCUGUAGUUUGUCCCAUAAACCUAAUGUGUACCAACAUGCUAAAUACUUAGCUUUGUAGCUUUUGGUUCUGUGUAGGAGGCGCGCGUGUGUAUGGGCACCUGUGUACCCCGUCGGCGGUGUUUGGACUGGUACUAAAUCCUGAUCGGUAAAGGAGGAAAAGCAGCACCAAAUCAACCACAUGAGAGAGUAAGUUCCUGUUAAACCGAGAAAUGUUUCAAACCUUCUUUGAUUCUAUCGGAUUAAACCGUUUUAUGUGAGGUCUGCCGUUCUGUGGUGAAACAAUGGUGUCCUCUAGUGGUAGUGGUUGUCUGGGGCAAAAACCCACCUACAGUCAUAUAAACUCAACACAUCAAACUAUGGUAAAAACAAAAGCAUUAAUGCAGAACAUGAGCAGUCACAGCCAUCUACAAAUGAUGAGCUAUAAAGGAAAGAUGCCUGUGUAUGUGUAAUAUGUACUAAAGAAACUGAUGGAAGAAAACUAGUUUCUCUGUAAAGACUUGCACUAUUUCAGUUAGUUGAUUCUAUGUAAAGGUUUGUUUUUGUUUAGUUUUAUUACUUCAAAAUUAUUUAUCUAAUUGAUAACCAAUAAGCAGGGAAACUCUUCAAUGUUAAAUGAAUUUGCCUAAAGUAAAAAGGAUGAGUGGAGCAGCCAAAAAGUGGGUUUUGUGUGUGUGUGUGUGUGUGCACUCUUUUGAAGUGUGUCAAACUGACAAACGAGACCGGACCUGAAUGAAAAUAACUCAUCAAAGCAUUAACUUCUUUGUCUCUAAAUAUGGCUUGAAGGUUGUUUUUUACUUUGGUGAGACUAAAUAUUCCUCUUUUGUCCGGUUUUCAAACAGCACUGUGUGACUUGUGUGUCACAGCACCCAACUGCAGCUCCAUCAUGAACAGAAAAUCAGGCAUGUCUCUGCUCCAGCUCACCAGGAUGGGGUUCAGAGUGUGUUUGUCUGACGCCAAGGUCUUGACUUUAAGGACUUCUACUCAUUCACACAUCUCACCCUUCCAGCCCCUUCUCAGCAGUCACUCCUACUCCAGCAGUAUCAAGGUGCGCUCUUAUCUUCAGUACAUGAAACACAAGAUCAAACCUCCCCCCAGUCCUCCUUACGGACAUGUCUGCCAAGUAGGGGACCCCGUUCUGCGUUCACAUGCAGCUGCUGUGGACCCUACAGCUAUAACAGGCCCUGAGAUCCAAAAGGUCAUCAAAACUAUGGUGAAGGUGAUGCGGGAACUUGAGUGUGUGGGACUGAGUGCGCCUCAGGUUGGGGUGCCACUUCGUAUACUGGCCCUGGAGUAUCCUCAGAGAAUGUUAGAGGAGAGUUCGCCUGCUUCAAGGGAAGCCCGGGGUCUUUCUGCACAGCCCCUGAGGAUAUUCAUCAACCCCCAGCUGAGAGUCCUGGAUGGACAGACUGUGCUUUUUCAAGAGGCCUGCGAGAGCCUCUCAGGUUUCUCUGCCACAGUUCCACGCUACUUGUCUGUGGAAGUAUCAGGUAUGCAUGUUUACUCACCAGAUUCUACAUAUUUUUACCAUUUUGUGUAAAAGUUUUAUGAUCUUUUUAUUCCACCAAAGAUCAGGAAUCAUACAUUCUGAAACGACACCAAGAUGCUGAAAGGAAGUUAGUUUCUGAACUUUCAGCAGAUCUGUCAAAGAGCAGCUGUUCAUUCAUCUCUGUUGAUUUUUCUCCCCUCUCUUUUGGUUCACAUUCAGGUCUGGAUGAGAAGGGAGAAGCUGUCACAUGGCAGGCCAGUGGCUGGCCAGCUAGAAUCAUCCAGCAUGAGAUGGACCACCUAGAUGGAGUCCUGUACAUCGACCGCAUGGACAGCAAGACCUUCAUAAAUAUCAACUGGCAGGCGUACAAUGAAUAACCAGACAAAACACAAACAUUAACAUGGUCAUCUGUCUGUAAAGGGGAUAAAAUAAAGAUAACUUAUCCUGAGAGUGAAGCAGAUGUGUGCCUGGAUUAUUUUCAAGUCAGUGCGCUCAACCUCUUUUAGUCUUUUAGCCUCAUGGAUUAUUAUUCUGCACACAACCAAAGCCAGUCCAGGUUUGAUUUUGGUCAUUCAUUAUCUUCAGACACACAAAAAUGUCCACCACCCAGUUUCUUCAUUCAUAUACAGAUUUAAUUUUAUACACAGAGUGAUACAUUUUUAGUUGAAUGAAUGCUCAGUACCAGGAUCAACAAGGAAACCUUGAAUAGAAGCACAUUUCACAUAUGAUUAAAUGGAAGUGCAAGACUGAAAUCGUUGUUUUUCCAAGUUAUUGUAAUUGAAAAAGGUGUAUUGGUCUACCUUUUCAAGUGUUUCUGGUCAUGCUCUGGACCUCGAGUCAGUGAUUGAUGAAUAAAAAAGCUGCUUUGUUCAUGCUAGAGGAGUGUAUGAUUAAUGUGUGGAUAUGACAAGAUUCCAUUUAGUUGCAAAUUGGAGAGUGCUUGAGGAUCUAGUAUCUUACUUUUAGAGAAACACUUGAAUACAUCUUUUAGAAAAAUUUAAACCCUUAAUUUAGCUGGAGGGGAACUAGUCUUGUGGUUUUACAAAGUGGAUUAAUGAGUGGAUCUGAGUGACGUUUGGAGAGGGCCUCAGGACAUGUCUGGGACAUGAGCAGGCAAGACUGAAGAAGUAUGUGACUGGUUCUAGCAGGUAUAAGAUAUAUUUAAGAUGCUCUUAGUGCACCCUUGUAAACUUAAUGUCCACAUCAGGACAAAAUUAGGUGUUGAAUAAGAUGUUGAAAUAAUGCACACCAUGUGUAGUUUUGUAUGCGUGAUAAUGUGCAUGGCCAUUACUUCAUUUCUGAUAGAUAGUUUACAUUACUAGCAUGUUUGGGAAAGUAGAGCAGCAUUUACCUCUGAGUUUGGUGAUUUUAAAAACAGUUUUGUGAUCAUAAGUUUUUUUUCAUGGUUCAAAUCAUCGUUAGUUGUUUUCCAUUUUCAACAGAAUUUUUUAAAGGCAACAUACCAAGCAGAAGAAAAAUGGAAUAAAACCUUUCAGAAUACUGUAAGUGCUAACCAUGAGUACUGGUCAUGAUAUUCAAAAGAUGUUUGCUUCAUGUAUUAAAAAAUACAUCCACACCA